ACUCACGUUGUGUAUAUGUGUAUCGUAAUGUGCUGUGUUGUGUGUUUCCCUCCCAGAUUCGGAGGAGGAGCUGGAGUAUUCUAAAGACAGCUUAGGGCUGCUGAUGGACCAGAGUGACUCCUCAGACGAGGAGAUGAGAGGAUGUGUGUUCUCUCCGUCCCCCUCUCCUCCCUCUCACUGCUGCUCCACAGAGGAGGCCCCGUCUCCCCCGUCUCCCCCGAGCCUCGCCGACUCUGAUGGCCACCAGCGUGACUCAGCGCUCUUCACAGGGCCCUCCUCUGCUCUGCAGGUCCUUGCCCAAAGGCAGUCCACCCACACAGGCAGCUUCCUGGGUCUGGACGGCUUCCUGACCCUGGGUGUGGACUUGAGCUCGGUACGGCCCGGGUCCGGGCCAGUCCCUGCACACACACCCACCUCCCAGCCCCACAACCCGCAGAGAUCAUCACAACCCUACAGCGGAGGGCGGCCCAGUUGGAGACCCAGCAGCAGCCUGAGAGAGAGCGCACCAGAGGAGCUGGUCAUGGCCGUGCUGGAGAGUCAGAGCCCACGCCACACACACAGUCGGCCCACCUCAGCCACACACAGGAUCCACUCAGCUGGCGGGAGCACUCCUCGUCCUGCUCCGCGGCCCGUCUCCCGUCCCCUGUCUCGCGCGGCUCAGGAGAUCCUGGAGGUGCAGAGCGUGGAGCAGGAGGCGCCGGGAGGCUCCCCCCAGGACGAGGAAGAGGAGGAGGAAGAGGACCGCCAGGCUCUGGUCAGCCUGGAGGACGAGUUCAGACAGAUGAGCGCACAGUCAGGUGCUGGGACUGACCCUCCUCCUGCGCUCUUCACCGGUGUGGGCGCCGGCAGUGGCGCACGGUUCAGGGGGCAGGGCAGAGGGCCGGCAACCGGCCAGGAGGAGCAACGGUGGCAGAGCGGCACGGCACGGCGCCGGGCCAGCGGAGGUCACCCAGAUGAGGAGGAGGAGAAUCUCCGGGACAAGCACAACGUUCUAGCCCUCCCCUGA